UCUCAUUCGUCGAAGAGCGGAGUCAAGUACUACCCAGUUACCCUCUGUUUGCUGGGAGUCCUGACAAUCCACCUCCUGCCUCAUGCUGCUGCCUUCGCUUCAGUUCCACUCUACUAAAUUCUUCUUUUGUUUCCAAUCCCAAGCAAUUUAAAAACAACUGAAUUCUCAGAAUCUUUUAAAUGCAUUAAUCAUUUUCCAAAAUAAUCUCCUAUUCCAAGUUUCCAACGGCAAAAUGGCCGCUUCGUUGCAACUCUGCAGCGCUAAAACUCCAACCCACUUGCGAUUCUUCAACACGCGCUUGCUCUCGCUAUCUUCCACUCGCAUCCAAUACUUGGCGUCCUUCGAUUUGUUGUCGGCGAUCGGAGGCGGUGCGUGCAGGAAUAGUAGAGCUUUCAGAGUCGGUUACGAAAGAGGAAUCAGAGCGGUUAUUGAAGAGCAAAGGAGGGAUGAUGACAAGGAAAAUUCCGAUGAAACUGUGAAGCCAUUCACUUACGUUAUGAAGUUCGGGGGAUCGUCGGUGGCAUCGGCAGAGAGAAUGAAAGAAAUCGCCCAUUUGAUUCAGAGUUUCAAUGAAGAAAGGCCUGUCAUUGUGCUCUCUGCCAUGGGAAAAACCACUAACAAACUUUUGCUAGCAGGAGAGGAAGCUGUAAGCUGCGGUGUAUCGAAUGCCACCGAAAUUGAGGAGUUGCGUUUUAUAAAGGAUUUGCAUGUCAGGACUGUUGAUGAACUUGCAGUUGACCCCUCUAUCAUUUCUACGCAUUUAGAAGAACUGGAGCAACUUCUGAAGGGAAUAGCAGUGAUGAAGGAGUUAACUCCUCGCACAAGGGAUUAUUUGGUCUCAUUCGGAGAGCGCUUAUCUACAAGAAUCUUUGCUGCUUAUCUAAAUAAAAUUGGCAUUAAAGCUCGCCAAUAUGAUGCAUUUGAAAUUGGUUUCAUUACCACUGAUGACUUCACAAAUGCAGACAUCUUGGAAGCAACUUACCCAGCCGUUGCAAAGAGAUUAUGCGGUGACUGGGAUAAUGAUCCUGCAAUUCCCAUCGUGACUGGCUUCCUUGGAAUGGGCUGGAAAUCUUGUGCAAUUACUACCUUUGGUAGGGGUGGAAGCGAUUUAACUGCUACAACCAUUGGUAAAGCUUUAGGCUUGCAAGAGAUUCAGGUGUGGAAGGAUGUUGAUGGUGUCUUAACCUGUGAUCCUACUAUUUAUCCACGGGCAGAACCUGUACCAUAUUUGACGUUUGAUGAGGCAGCUGAGCUUGCUUACUUUGGUGCUCAGGUCUUACAUCCACAAUCAAUGAGACCAGCAAGAGAGGGUGAUAUUCCUGUUCGAGUCAAGAACUCUUACAAUCCUGAAGCUCCUGGAACUCUCAUCACUAAAGCAAGAGAUAUGAGCAAGGCCGUGCUGACCAGCAUAGUUUUGAAGAGGAAUGUAACCAUGCUGGAUAUAGUUAGUACCCGCAUGCUUGGUCAAUUUGGUUUCCUUGCUAAGGUGUUCUCCAUUUUUGAAGAUUUGGGUAUAUCUGUGGAUGUUGUUGCUACGAGUGAAGUUAGUAUAUCUUUGACAUUGGACCCAUCAAAGCUGUGGAGUAGGGAAUUGAUUCAACAGGAACUUGACCAUGUAGUAGAAGAGCUUGAGAAAAUUGCUGUUGUGAAUCUCUUACAGCAUAGAUCUAUCAUCUCUCUUAUUGGGAAUGUUCAACGUUCUUCAUUGAUACUGGAGAAGGUAUUUCAUGUUCUUCGAACCAAUGGAGUAAAUGUCCAGAUGAUCUCCCAAGGGGCAUCCAAGGUGAACAUCUCACUGAUAGUUGAUGAUAGUGAAGCUGAAAAAUGUGUGAGGGCCCUUCACCAAUCCUUUUUCGAGAGCGGUGAUCUGUCCGAGUUGGUACCUGACGGUGGUUCUGGGAAUGAUUUGGCUUCAUUCUGCAAAUAGAAACUCAGUGAUCCUCGACAUAAUACCUUUUGUUGGCUUGUCAUGGUACACAACCAUAUUCACUACAGUUAACAUGAUAUGAAAAAAAAAAAAAAA